UCUUGGAUGUGGCGGCAGCGGUGGUGAGGGCGUGGGGAAGGGUGGGGUGAGGGGGCGAGGCCGCGGCGAGGGCGGCGAAACUCUCCUCCCCCUCAGCCCCACCGCGUGGGACGGCGUGAGCGCGGUAUCGGAGGGAUGUCCGCCUUCUCUGAGGCGGCGCUGGAGAAGAAGCUGUCGGAGUUGAGCAACUCGCAGCAGAGCGUGCAGACCCUGUCCCUGUGGCUCAUCCACCACCGCAAACACUCGCGGCCCAUCGUCACCGUGUGGGAGCGGGAGCUGCGGAAAGCCAAACCAAACAGGAAGCUUACUUUUCUCUACCUAGCUAAUGAUGUCAUUCAGAACAGCAAAAGGAAGGGGCCAGAGUUUACAAAAGAUUUUGCACCAGUUAUAGUGGAGGCUUUUAAGCAUGUUUCAAGUGAAACUGAUGAAAGUUGUAAGAAGCACCUUGGAAGAGUGUUAUCUAUUUGGGAAGAAAGGUCUGUUUAUGAAAAUGAUGUAUUAGAACAACUUAAGCAAGCUCUGUAUGGCGAUAAGAAGCCUAGGAAGCGAACAUAUGAACAGAUAAAGGUGGAUGAGAAUGAAAACUGUUCCUCUCUAGGAUCUCCAAGUGAACCACCACAGACUCUAGAUCUCGUUAGAGCAUUACAAGAUCUAGAAAAUGCAGCUUCUGGUGAUGCAGCAGUUCAUCAAAGGAUAGCUUCUUUGCCUGUUGAAGUUCAAGAAGUAUCCCUACUAGAUAAAAUAACAGACAAAGAAUCUGGAGAAAGACUUUCUAAAAUGGUAGAGGAUGCUUGUAUGUUGCUGGCAGAUUACAAUGGCAGAUUGGCGGCUGAAAUAGAUGAUAGGAAGCAACUCACUCGAAUGUUAGCAGAUUUUCUUCGUUGUCAAAAGGAAGCCCUUGCAGAGAAAGAGCAUAAAUUGGAAGAAUACAAGCGCAAGCUAGCCAGAGUUUCCCUGGUGCGAAAAGAACUCAGGUCCCGGAUCCAGAGCCUGCCGGACUUAUCUCGAUUGCCCAAUGUCACUGGCAGCCACAUGCACCUGCCCUUUGCGGGGGACAUCUACAGUGAAGAUUGAUGACCAGUCUCUUUCCAGGGCCCAGGACUUUGCAAGAGAUGCAGACAGUGCAGAGAGCUGUCUGGAGUGGCAGUUUGAACAGACUCCCUGGCGUUCCCUCUGCUCCUUCCAUCAUUACAGUAAGUAAAAGAACCACAUGGGGGAACCCGGGAGUCUGAGAAAAUCAGCUGUGCUUAAUAGCCAACCUCCCUUUCUAGGAAAACCAGUCCAGGUGCAGCUAUUUUGGUACCUCUUCUCACAUGCACUCUGAAUCAGGGUUUUUCUGUAAGAACUCCUUCAGAAUCAGCAACAGCUGGGAUGACCUUGUCAUCUUGAUUUGCAAAAUUAAAAUAACAAACCUAGGUUGUCAAUUGUCACUGUAGAUGAGCAACUCAUCUAUUAUCAUUAUUGAACUGGUUCUGAGAAAUCUUUAGAAAGAAAACACUCAA